AUGGAGCCCGGCUCUUGCUCCCGCCGCUCGUGGGUGGUUGAGGUCGAGGAUGAGGAGGCCGCGCGGAGUACGGGCAGAUCUACUCUUCAGCACCCGCCUCCGUUGGCUACUUCAGCUCACGCCAGCUUUGUCCUCCACACGAGCUCCCUGGACCCCAAUGCGGAGCCCUUCGUCGCUUCUCCGGGGGGAUCCAGGGAAAGGCUCCACUUCACCGUCUCCAAGGCCUCUUCCGAGGAGGAAGAUGAGCCCCCGAUGGCUAGGCGAGGGAAGGAUGCGCCGCAUCCGCGGUGGCAGCGUCGUCGUCGCCGGCAUCCAGCUCGACGUGGGAGCUUCAUGGCUGAUGCCUGGCGCGACGUGGCUCGGGCCAUGUCGCCGCCGCGUAGGCUCGUCUCAAUCGUCGUGCACCCGAUGCGCAUGUCCGUCGAGCCCGACGCGGACGAGUUCCGCAAGGUCCAGAGCCAUAUACGCUGGCGGCGUGUCACACCUCCCACCGUCCGGGAUGCGUGCAUGUUUCCAUCGCGGUGCUUCAACUACGAGCGCGAGGGCCACCAUGAGCGGGACUGCCCACUGCCACCUAUGUUGGGUCUCCCUAAGGGCAAGCACGGCCAUUCUCCUGUGCAGGCAUCCGACCUUGGUCGGGGAGCUCUGCGGCGCCGUUCCUCCCAUAGUCGCGGUGCUUCGUCGGUGGAUACGGUGUCCGCAUGUUUGGCUUCCACCAGGAGGGAACCAUCCAUCCUGCCGGUCUACGAUCCCCCAACACCUGAGCCUAUGGUUGAUGAGUCAGCGGGCAGGGCGUCAUAUGCUCCGUCGCAGCAAGGCUCUGUGGCACCGGAUGACUUUAUCAUUCAGUUAAGCAACCAUGAAGACUUAGAGUUGGUGCUGUGCACACCAUCGCCGACGGGUGCUCCCUUCGCGCUACGAUGGCGAAGGUGGAGCCACCUCAUCAUGGGCUCCGCGGGUGCUUUCCACUACCGUGUCCUCAUGGGGAUGAAGGGCAUCCCCUCCCAUGCAAGAUCAACGGAGAUAGCGCAGGCCAUCCUAGGCUCCUCUAGUGCCAAGGUGGAGCUCGCCAACCCCAAUGCGCUAAAUGAUCCAGAUGACGAGCGCGAGCUCUUUGUGGCGGCAUGGUGUGCUCAUCCCGACCUUGUCCUGGAUGAGAUAAUCAUGGCGCUGCUAGAGCCAGAGGAGGAGCACGACAGAGGCUCACCGCUGUACCUCAGGCCUCACGAGAUCAUUCCUGAUGAGGCCCUAGAUCUCAGAUACCUUGUUCGUCUGUGA